AUGUCUGUUGUGAGUCGAUAUGGAGCUAGGGUUAUGGAGCCGUCACUCGACCCGAAAGUUUUCAAUGUCAAUGAAGUUGCGGUCGGAGUCAAUUUAUUGCUUUUAUAUGGAUUCGCUGCCAUUUCCUUCAUCAUCCCGACGCUAAUUGGAGUUUCUCAACGUGGGUUCUUUUGUGACGACGACUCGAUUCGAUAUGAAUACCGAAAAGACACCAUUACACCCGUUCAGCUUAUGCUCUACAAUUUAGUAUUGAAUGCAGUAACGGUACUUUUCGUGGAGUACUAUCGCAUGCAAAAGAUUGAGUCGAGCAUUAACAACCCUCGAUACAGAUGGAGAAACAGUCAUCUUCACGCCUUGUUCGUCAGACUUCUCACAUAUUUCGGUUACUCUCAAAUCGGAUUCGUUAUGAACAUCGCAUUGAAUGUUGCCACGAAGCAUGUCGUUGGGAGACUCCGACCACAUUUCCUUGAUGUCUGUAAACUGGCUAACGACACUUGUGUCACGGGCGAUUCACACAGGUACAUCAUUGAUUAUAAGUGUACCGGCGCACCAGAAUUAGUAUUAGAAGCUCGUAAAAGUUUUUACUCCGGUCACUCUGCUGUAUCACUGUACUGUGCUGUAUGGUCUGCUCUUUACAUCCAAGCUCGUCUUGGAACUGUUCUCAACAAUCGGAUAGUUGUGCCCAUCACGCAGACCGCUAUGAUAAUGGUUGGACUUGGAAUCAGUUUCUCUAGAAUCACAGACAAUAAACACCACUGGAGUGAUGUUCUCGUUGGAGUCUUUAUAGGAAUUUUCAUCGCAGCGUAUACAUGCGUCUUUUGGACGGAUAUCUUCUCAAACAACUCGACGGAAUCAGAAGUUCAACCGCUUCUUCUCUCUCCUACGCCUCGUACAGCACGGGUAGAGUGGAGCACUGGAGGAUACAGCCAGGUUGGAUAUAUCGUAAACGAGCUGCUUGUGAAAUUCGUCAACGGAUUCAUCGGACGACUUCGUCCUUACUUCUACGUUGUGUGCAAUCCACUUCCUCUCAAAGAAUGUCAGAAAUUCGAUCCUAACAUCUAUAUUGAAGAUUAUCAUUGUCAAGGGAACCCGGAAGAAGUAGAAGAAGCACGAAAAAGUUUCUACAGUGGACACUCAACUGUAACGAUGUAUUGUGCGUUCUGGACUGUGCUGUACUUGCAAGCUCGACUCAAACCAACGAUCCGAAACAAUGUGAUUCUUUCAAUUCUUUAA